AUGGAGACUUGUGCUGGCCUAUCGUGGGCGUUAGCCUCCCCUCGAAGCUUCUCUUUCAAGUUUCACAACACGAAACUAUACACCUGCCUCCUCGUGUUAUUCCUCUUCACUAACUUCACUUUCGCUGCCGACAGGAUUGUUCACCCGGAAGAGUGGCAUAUGAUCAAUGGCCACCAGUCUGCUAACGCUGAACGCGACGCCCCGGACUGUGAUCCACACACUGAUGACAUGUGCUUUAAGGGCAUCCCCAUCGAGCAUGUCAAGGUAGCUUCGGAUUCGUUUGAUGCCCAUGGUAACGAGACUCUUGCACAUGAACACAAAGUUGCUAUCAGCAUCGCCCAGGAUCUUUUCUACGAGCUCAACGAAGAGAAUUGGGAAAACGCCAGGCCUUACGAUUUACUCUUGGAGUGGAGCAAGCACCCUAACGUCUUCACACAGUACGAUUUGGAGAAGCAAUCGCGUCCCGAUCUUACGGUGAUAUCGUUUCUUCCAGAGAAUCUCAUCGGAUGGAAGGGCAUGGACUGUUCCGUCGAGUUUGAAGAUGGAUGCCGCAAUAUGCCCACGCAGGAUGAUAUCCUUGCCCAUUUCCCACAGCAUCGUCAUAGGGCUCGCCGACUCAAAUUCUCUCUGAUCGCUAUCCAACGAUACUACAUCCAGGGACAUACGUUCAUCAAGGUGCUUGAGUCUGCGAAGAAGAGACUGGCUGGGUAUGUAAUUGCUCACAUUUACCUAGUUGUUGCUAAUCAAAGAAGACACUGCGCAGAGUUCACGAGGAUUUUCUUCCAUGAAGCGACACACCACAAGGGAAAAAAAUGUCCUGAAGAUAUCAUCAACAUAGUCAUACAGGUGAUCAUGGCUAUUGUCGGUCUAUGGUUCCUUGUCGCCGCGCUGGUGAAUACAUUCAUUGCGGUCCCCCAAAUAAUCUGGACCGAGGCUAUGACGACCCUCACGCAUAAUGGCGCCUGGGGUUGGUUAGCAUCCGUCGCUCAUGGUUAUAUAGUGGGCGAAGCAGGUGCUAUGAUACCGACCUGGGAAAUGCUCCUUGCGCCAGUAAUUAUUGACACAACGCAGCUUGUAGCUAAUGGAGGAGCUCAAGUUGCAGCCCUUGCGAAUUCUGUGGCCGCCUCUACCGUUGAGCUUACAAUCGACUCCUUGGAGAGAAUCGCGCAGCUGGUCACAUCCGAAGCUGGGCAGGUCGCGGAUACUGUAGCGGAGGGGACGGCCCAGGUUGUCGAAGGCGUUGCGGAUACUGUAGCGGAGGGGACGGCCCCGGUUGUCGAAGGCGUUGCGGAUACUGUAGCGGAUGGGACGGCCCAGGUUGUCCAAGACGUUGCUGACAAGAUUGCACCUGCAGUGAAGUCUCGUCCAAAGAUUUCUAUCCAAAAGAAACCCUUUUUCAAACCGUCCUCGGAGCUGGCGAUAAGCUCUGCAGGGCGGCUCGGUGUGGAAAGUCCGCUUUAUCAAGAUAUUGCCGAGUCAUUACUUCGACUACCAACCGGCACUCUCAACAAGGUCGAUUCGUUGACUAAAGUCGGUCUACAUACUCUCGAGCAGAUGCUUUCUGCACAUCUGCUUGAAGACCAAAUGGCCUUGACCAAGGUCACACAUACAUUGCAACAAAUGGAGCUGACUCCAGAAGCGCCAGAUGGGAAUUCAUCUCUACCCCAGGUAGACGGCAACGGCGGCAGCUCCGGCUCUGGCACCGGCGCUAGUCUCCUCGAGGCAGUUCUCAAUUCCGAUUAUGGUACCUUGAGAGAUAGUCUCGUAACUUACCAUCGAAGUGAGGAGGUUCCGGUAUAUGAUCACCAUGAUGGCCACUACAAGGUGAUGAAGAAGAAAGAGUGGGUAUCCUAUCACAUGGAACAAUAUGGGGUCACGACGGACACCGAGUACGGUGUAAGAAUGGAGAAAUACUUUCUAGCCGAGUGGGGUUUCAGAACGGAGAUACAGCAAGGUCAUUGGGCGAAAGUUCUGAGCGAUCCAAAAUGGCAAGACAUCGCGAAGUACUAUAGAAAGUGGCUCCUUCAGGAAUCCCUACCAGCUUGGAACAAAUGGAACAUCAAGUGGGACAAAUGGACGCUAGACCAACUGGAACACGUACUACAACUCCCAACGAAUCCAGCUGAAUGGCAGUUACCAGCAUCACCACCUCAAGAAGGGGUGCGGGUCGGUUUAGCGCACUGGAAUCCGAGUAAUAUUCCCGCCGAUGCCAUACCUGUCUCGGAUGAGGGAGAGGCGCUAUUCACCGUGACUGAAGCCACUUCGGCGACAGCCGAGGGAGAAUUUGAAUCCGAGCAAGAAGAAUUCGAAAACAUACCUGAAGGGAUGAGUGAAGAUGAACAUGAUGAACUCGGAACCAUACCUGAAGGCCCGAAUGAAGACGACGAAGUUUCCCUGCCUGAGACGCCAUAUGAGUCUGUCACUGUACCUGAUAUUGAUGAAGACGCCGGAUUCUUCCUUCCGUCGUUACGCCCGUUCGAUCCCUAUCAUGUGGAUUGGCUGGAGGCUGAGCUUACCGAGGCGAAUUUGGCGGCAACCCACACGUGGCAACGUUGGCGCGAAAUGGUGGUUUGGCAUCUUCGACAUCGACGAUGGGAUAUAGUAUUCCAGGAUCCAACGUGGAUGUCUCUUCCUGCUAGCGCUCGUCGUUACAUCAUCUACAAGUCGCUUCAGGAUUGUAUGAUGCCCACUAUCGCACCUUUGACUGACAGUACGGCCCGGCCAGAGCAGAUCGAAUACAUACUAAGGAUGACAUUCCCUCCCGUUCCAGGUGUGGAUAUACCUGGUCGGAUGCCUCCUUUUUUCCCUCUUAGUGAAGAAUCCCAGGGUACUUCGGACCUUGAUGAACUGAGGCCUGAUACACCUGAUACACCUGAUACACCAAGUACACCUGAUACACCAAGUACACCUGAUACAGCAAGUCCACCACCUUCAGAAAAUCCGAGCAGUGAACUUGCGAACCCUUAUAAUAGUUGGUCUGGGAACGUCCGAUACCAUAUCAGAAAGUUAUGGAAGGCUAUCAAAAGAAUAUUUAAAUUGUCUAAGUCGACUAAGCAGCAACGAUCGCUGCUAGCGAUAACUUCUGGCAACAAUCACGCACAAAGGAAUGAAUAUGCUCCCCAGUUCCAGUUGUGGUCAGUUGGUGGUGUUUUUAGGAAAGAGAAACUUGGGUCAGAUAUAAAACCAGCCGCGGUUGGCUUCUCAGGGUUGCCAAGCGAAAGAAUUCCAUGGCAGCAAGCCGGUCCAUUACAUUCUCACGAGGAUGUUGCACUGAGCGAUGAUCAAGCUGGCCAAUUGCUGAUGAGCUCUCCUCUCAACGGAGGCGAGAUGACCGCAGGUGUGCUCGCCAAGCGGGUAAUGGAGCAUCGGUCCGUACUGGGAGUAUUUGUUCGAACGGAAUCCUUCGCUGUUGAUGAUCUCGUGGGGGCCCCUGCGGAUGAGACCAGCCUGUAUCGUCAGAUUCACAUUAACUCUUCCAGCUUCUUCACCAAGGAUGCUGCCGGAGCGGUUGCUGACCAGGUCUUAACCGGCAAACCUAGUAGUGGGGACCAGGUUGUCCGUUCCACUAUCGAAUUCUUGCUUGUUGCGCGAGGCAACUCGGAAGAACAUACCACUGAUCCUGACGACUCUUCACGUUACUUAGGCUCACGAAUCGCAAGACGUUUGGUUCGCGCGGACGGGUCACUGAUGUCUCCAUACGAAGCUCGUCAUUUUCUCGACGAAUACGGAUCCACGAUUAAUGCUUAUAGAGGGAAUCUUGCCAAACACGAACUUGAGUUUCAAGAUACGAGUAUUGACAUGCCGCCGCAAAGUUCCCAACGUCGAGACUUCAUGAUCGUCGCUGGGCCUGGCGAAACCUCCUGGCUCGACAUCUUGGGUGGCAUCGACGUCGUUGGCAUUCGUUCCGAGACUUCGUACGACAAGGGAACAGCAGAGCUUCAAGUACGAGCAAACACGCCAACGGUAUCGCGAUUCGAACGUAAUGGCAAGCGUAGCAAUGGCGACCAGGACAAGCCAGUUGCACAUGCCCUAAUCGUUCACCAGCUGGCAGCCAUGCGAGGAACCAUUCAUGCACGGUUCCUCGGUGGCAUGCGUUGGAGCCGGAAGCGGGAUAUUUCUCCCCCUAUAAGAAGAGACGGAGAUAUGUACAGGGUUCAACUGCGCAAAGAAUACUUCCGUAACGAGAUCAAAUCCAACGGGGGCUUUUGCAGCAUCGACAAUUACUCAGGGGACCAGACGAAGAACAACCAGAAUUGCCACGGUUUCUUGGAUGACGCCGUCGAUCCCGUGGUGAGGAAAAUCCGAUUUUCGAUGACUGCAAUGGACGACGUGGAUGACUGGGAGUCUGGCGGCAUGGCACCUUUCGUUCAUUACCUCAUGGAGCAGUUUCCUUCGUACGACAUGGUCAAGAAAACGAAUCAGCUGCCGUCACAACACGAUCACCUGGAGCAGAAGUUGUUCGAGCGGCUCAAAAACUCUCUCAUUGCAAAAGCAUGGGCAGAUGAGAGUUGCUUCGUCAAAUGCAGUCCCCAUAGCCGGUACUACAAGCGGGAAGAACUCUAUCAUAUAGGAGAGGACGUUUGUCGCGCAGUAUGCUAUGAUAAAACCGAGCAGCGUGCCGAGGGCCUGUACGGUCUUGAUGGGUUCAAAAACCUUGGAGGUGAGAAUCCACCAUGGAAUCUCAACAAGACGGAGAUCCUCGCAGUCUCUCAUGACGCAUACAUGAAGCACGGUGCCGGUAGCAUCUUACCCGGAUCAAUCAACCUGAAUCCAUACGACGUCGUCUACGAAGAUAUCGCCCCUCCUCUACCCGUGUGUAGAAGUGAACUCAUCACCGUCUCCCCUUCCAACGAGUAUAAAAAGGGGGCUGCGACGUACCCAUGCACUUGCGGCGACAAAUACGGUAACGAAACCGUCGCGCUCUGGAAAGCGGCACCGGCAGGCUGGCAAGGACAUGGCCACAAGCAAGAAAGCCGCAUGCUCGAGACGUGCAUCAAAGACAAACAACUGAAAACCCUUGCGAAGACCGCCCCCGCCGCAUACCUGAACAACAUGUGCCAAAUCGUCUACGGCGCCAUCUCCCCUCCAGGCGUAGGGUCCUUCAUGGAGCUCAAAAACAAAGGCAGCUACACGGAGAACGAGAACAUGUGUCGGUACGUCACGAGUUUCAUCUUCGAUAACAAGGACAAGGGCGACGCCUACCUCGACAAUGGCGUGUGCAAGAUCUGGGCUUCUCAGGCAUCCGACUUCCAUCGCAAUAACGACAUCAAUAUCGGUCUCUUGCUCGUUUUCUGGUUUUCCGCGUUCAUGUCGGGCAAGCAUAAGGUGGACUUUAGCGAUGUCAACUCGAAGCUGAAUCAUGGCGGUUGUAAGUGGGCUCGGAAGUGGUGGAAACACGACUGUGAUAAAGGUAGGAAUUGGAGGUCGCCCGAGUGUGGUGUUCCUUGUCCGUAUUAUGGUUUUGGAGAGUGCUUGUAG